AUGACGGAUUUGGCAGGCAUCCAUGCCUUCUUCUCAGGAGCGAGACGCAACACACUGCGGUCCCGCUCUUCCUGCGAUGUGCCGACAGAAGGACUGGCACCUCGUUGCGAAGUGAUGUUCAAAGGUGAAACGACGCCACUGCUAGCGCCCGAGGCUCGCGAUCUCGAGUGCCUUCGCUUCGGCGAUGGUUCAUCUGAUUCGUCAGAUGAACCAAAGAUGCUACGAAGCAUAGCAUUAUCCAUGCCACGCUUGGCAGGCGGCUUGGAUUCGAUCGCCGUCGAUACGGAUCCGUCUUCCGAAUCAGAAGAGCAUGAGAAACCUAGCUCAUACUCUGUGAAGACAUGA